AUGGCAGGACUGGUCAAUUAUGGGAGUAGUGACGACGAGGAAGACCCGCAGGUGGCUGCUCUCCAGAAAGUCCAUUCACCAACGUCUGGUGCUUCCACGGCCCGCGUCUCGAUUGAUACAAUCGAGACCCCAAAGAAUGGGACCGCUGUCCAACCUGCACCUGAACCAGCUCCGGUGACAGCUCCGCUCGUAGGUCCUGUUUUAGGACCGGCCAACCCAAUCGACGAUACCAUUCCCGAGUCGUCGGAAGGUGAAGGAUUCGCGCCACUAUCGCCGUACUCUGCAAAUCGAGCCCUCAUACGAGACCUGACGCUUCCCACAGUCCCCAACUACGACAUCCCACUUUCCCCUCCGGAGUCCCCUGAUGCCAGCGCAAACGUGAAAUUCAAGCAUUUCCUUCGCUUGAAACAGCAGGGCAUACAUUUCAACGAGAAGCUAGCCAAAUCAUCGGCCCUCAAGAACCCCAGUCUCAUGCAAAAGCUCAUGGAUUUUUCAGACAUUGACGAGGCCAGUCAGUACUCAACUACGUUACCAAAGGAUCUAUGGGAUCCCGAUGGAUUUCCCGAGCGUGCAUACAAAGAAGGGCUGGCGAGGAGCCAGCAAAAGAUCCUCAAGAAACGCGAAGACGAAAACACUAGGGGCCAGAGAGACGCCAUAGAAUUUGUGCCAGCAACAGCAUCCGGAGAUUCAUCCAGGGGCGGAACGCCAGGUGCUGGAGGACGCAUGGGCCAAAAGAGUGCGGCAGAGAGGGUUAUGGCGGGGCUCGACAGAGGCCGAUCAAACUCGCCGCAAGUCCCGAAUCUGAAGAGGAAGAGCAGAUUCGAGAGCUGA